CCCUUUUUCUUAAUCUCCCUCUCUUCUUCUCUCUAUCCCUCUCUCAUUCUCCAGCAGCGAUGUAGUUCUCUUUCAAACUUUAACAGCUGUUUGGCAAUGAAGUCUUGACUCAUAUCCAUCACGCGUGGACCUCUAUGGAUUCGUUCCCUGCUUCUUUUUGAGAUAUUUCCAGAGUCGCCUCUCUUCAUUCAUCUUCUGUUUACCUUGUCGUGUUGGUGUGUUUGGACCAUGGCCAUGAAGGAAACCAUACUCCCUAUUAGUGAGGUGUCAAGUCCAUACCCGGAGGUCAUGGAACUCAACGUUGGUGGCCAGGUGUACGUCACCAAGCGCUCCACCCUAGUCAGCGUACCUGACACCACCCUCCACACCAUGUUCACACGGUGCAGCCCACACGAGUUGCCCCGUGACAGCCGAGGGCGCUUCUUCAUUGACCGCGAUGGGUUCUUGUUCCGAUACGUGCUGGACUUCCUACGGGACCGCCAGCUUGUGCUACCAGAACACUUCCCGGAGCGGGAACGUCUUCAGCGUGAGGCCGAGCACUUCCAGUUAGGGGAACUGCUUAGACUUUUAGGCCCACGUGUAGCCAAGCAAGGCUCGCUCAAUGACGAAGGCUGCCAGAGCGACAUUGAGGAAAGUUCGCAGAGUAGCGAGUUGGUGACUCGAACUGGAAACUGUGCCACCACCUACGCGUCUUCCUCUUCCACCCUGGACAAGAGGUCUGGGUUUAUUACGAUAGGUUAUCGGGGAUCCUACACGAUGGUGAGGGAUAACCAAACUGAUGCUAAGUUUCGCCGUGUGGCACGGAUCAUGGUCUGCGGGCGUAUCGCCCUGGCGAAGGAAGUUUUCGGGGACACUCUAAAUGAAAGUCGAGAUCCGGACCGUCCACCAGAGAAGUACACCUCCCGCUUCUACCUGAAGUUCACCUACCUGGAGCAAGCGUUCGACAGGUUGAGCGAGGCUGGGUUCCAGAUGGUAGCCUGCAACUCAAGUGGGACAGCUGCGUUCGUUAACCAGUACAGAGAUGAGAAGCUCUGGAGCAGCUACACGGAAUACAUCUUCUUCAGACCUGUGUGCAAGUCAGCAUCCCCUAAACUGGAGCGUGAGGAGCCCAAGUCUGAGAAACUGCUGGAUAAGGCCAGCGAGAGUGGAGCCUCGUUGAACGAGCUCUCCACAUCCAGCUCCGAGACCCACUCAGAGGCCACGUCUCCCCAGGACGGGGGUCCCAUCAUGGUGUCACGUGGUGAGGUUGUUGGGGGCUCGCUGGCUCCGUGUGGCGCCUUGCACUCUGUAUCUCGACCUCCGAGCACUCUUACUCUGGGUCGACCGUCCAAGAAAGGUUCUUCGGUGCAGUGGAUGGAGAUGCCGGAUAAGAGGCGGAACAGUGAGCUGUUCCAGUCCCUCACUAGCGGGGUUGGUCCGCGGGAUGGUGGGGGAAGCGGUCUGACCCGGAGGAAGACUCUGGAGAGGCCCAGCGUGGAGGAGGAAAUGAAACAGUGUAUCCGAGAUUUCCGAAAGAUCAAGAUCCCUCCGGCGUUCCCAGAGCGCAAACGGCAGUGGCAGUCAGAACUGCUUCAGAAAUACGACCUAUAAAGAAAACUCAGCAUAGGCAACUGGUUUAAACUAUCCAACCGAUUCACAAUCUCGCACAAUAGAUUGCCCAACAGACUUUAAAGCCCUCAAAGGCCUUGAUUCACACUGAGAAACCAAACAACUGAGUAUCAGAAAAGAGAAAGAAAGAACUUGAGCCAAUGAAACAUGUUCCACUUUGCUCCGUUUUUGUUCAGAUUGAUAGCACCAUUCAUAUCUUUGAACUAGACUACCAAAACCUACCAAAGUGGUGGUGGAGAAUGUUUCAAUGAAAAGCCAUUCCAUCCAGAGUCACCUAAAUAAACCUUUCAGCUGUCCAGAAGGUCUGCAAAUAGGGCUCAUAGUAUAUCUCUAUAAACUAUUAAACUGA